AUGUUAGACAGUGAUAUCACUGAAUUGACUGAUAUUCAUAAAGUUUUAAUCAAGAAGAACAACUCAGUCAGUUUUAUAUCAGAUUAUGUUCGCCAUCAGGUGAUGAGUUACUUUAUAAAGAAUUGUCUUGUAACUGAUGAGGACUACGAGAAUUAUAUCAAGUUCUCAUCAGUGGACUCGUUGUUGGAGUACAUACGACCGUGGUGGUAUGAUGAUGUAUAUCACAUAUGCACGAAAAAAGUCUUGUUCCUACCGGAGAGUUUAGAGGAUUUAUUUUUCCAAAGACUUGGAUUAGACGUCCUACGUCAUGUCAUGGUGGAGUGGAAUGAGGCGAUUGUAGAUAGAAUUAAGACAGUCAGAGAGGCAGUUCAAAAAACGUUUAAACUUCCAUCUAUUGUGUUUUGUGAGAAAAAUCGGAAUAAAUUUGUGGAAUAUGUGAAGAAAAUUUCAGAAGAAAAACAAGCUUCCAUACAGUCUUUGAACCUUAACAGUCUUUUUGGAUCGUUUUUAAUUGGAAGAGAUGACAACAGUCCUGAAGUACCUGAAAAUCUUGCACUUUCUCAGUCAAAAUGGAACAUUUUAGUUUCUAUUCUGAUGUCGGAGAGUUACAGUUUAUCCUUAAGUACACCAUUGGAAGAAAUAUCAAGAAAACUUAACAGUGCGUUCCCGUUAUUAAAGUGUGAUUCAAGAAUUCUGGAGAGUGAUAUCGUUGAAUUGACAGAUAUCUCUAAAGUAUUGAGUAAGGAAAACAACUCAGUCAGAUUUAUAUCAGAGGAUGUCCGCCAUCAGGUGAUGAGUUACUUUGUGAAGAAUUGUCUGGUAACUGACGAGGACUACGAGAAUUAUAUCAAACUGUCAUCAGUGGACUCUUUGUUGGAGUACGUACGUCCAUGGUGGUAUAUGGUAGAGGAUGUAUGCACAGACCUCAAAAAAUAUUUGUUCUUACCGGAGACUUUGGAAGAUUCAUUCUUUCAAAGACUUGGAUUAGACGUCCUACGUCACCCCACGAUAAAUGAUUGGAAAUGUUAUGAAGAGACAACAGAAACAUUCAGAGAAAAAGUGAAAGACAACUUUAACGUACCGGAGGAAAUAUUUGAUUGGGAAUAUGAUGCACGAUGUAGAUACAUAGAAUGUGCUAAAAGGGGAACGAAGACAGUACACAGGGCUCGUGCAAUGAUUGUUGGAUGCGCAGGUGCUGGGAAAACUACCCUUCUAAAACGACUUGAAAAGCUAGGAUUAGAGGAAUUACUGAAGGUGCGCUCCACUGUUGGACUUGAGGUUCAUGAAGACAUGUUUGAACUGGACGAUGACUCUUCUUUAAGAGCAUUAUCAGACAGUACAGACAAAGACGACAGGCAGAUUCUGAGUGUGGUAGAUUUUGGAGGACAGUGUGCCUACUACGCCUGUCAUCAGGUCUAUCUCAGCAGAAGAGCUUUCUAUCUACUGGUGAUAGAUAUGUCUAAGUCAUUUGAUGAGAAGAUUGACCCAGCGUUGUGUGAACAAGAGGGGACAAUGUUUGCUGACUGGACCUAUGGAGACUACAUCCUUUUUUGGCUUAAGUCUGUCCACACCUAUUGUGAAAGUAAUGCUCCAGUUGUCAUCGUAGGAACUCAUUUUGAAAAAGUCAAAGGCCAGAAUUCUGAUACGUUUUAUAACAAAAUACUGGAUCGCCUGCAGUUCAACAAACAUUUGAAGAAGCUCUUGGACCGGAAGAGGUGCUUUGUUCUUGGUUUCCAUGAAGAUGGUACACCUUUUAAUGAUACACUUUCUGACUUAGAAAAGUGUAUUAUUGAAAUUGCAAGAGAGGAAAAAUGGAAAGAAAACAUCCCCACCGACUGGGCUUUAUGUGAGGUUGUUUUUCGAGAAUUGAAAAAAAGGGGGUCAAAAAUGAUAUCAAUCGAGGAAUUAUCCAAAAAGUGCUACAGUGAAAAUGAAGUUAAAAGUGCGAAAAUGGGAGACGUCCUGAAAUUUUACCAUGACAUUGGGGUCAUCCUUUACUUCAAUGAGGGAGCACUGUCUGACACAGUUAUCCUUGAUAUCCAGUGGUUCAUUGAUUCCUUCAAAAACAUAAUUACAGACCCGAACCACGUCAGGGAUGUUGCAGAAAACAGGCGUGAGUGGUUGGAUUUUUAUACGAGUGGGCAUAUCUUGGACACUCUUUUGACCAACAUAUGGAAAUUGCGAAACUUUGCAUCGGAUUUCUGGAAUAGAUACCAGUACAAAGAACAUCUUCUCCAAUAUAUGGAACGUCUUGGUUUAAUUGCUGUUGGUACAGUUGCUCAUUAUAUUCCGUGUAUGAAUAAGCGCACAUUUGGAAGUGCUGAGGAAAACUAUUUCCACUCUCUGGAAUACAAAACGCCUGUGUUGGUCUUUCGAUUCGAAUUCUUGCCAUAUUUUUUCUACUUCCGUCUGAUCGUUUCCUGCUUGACAAGAACCAACAGAGAAUGGAGAGUUUUACAAGACAAUGGACGUUGCCUUUACAAAAACGUUGCUUGUUUUGCGUAUAAGCAACAUGCGGUAGCUUUGGCAGUGAACCCUUCCUCCAUACAACUUCAGGUUUUUCAACCAACAAAUACUCUGGUUACCAAACAAGUUGUAUUGGAAGUUCGUAACAUUAUCACAGAUUUAUUAAAUGAUUUGCUCAGGAAUUUUCACAAAAAAAUCGAUAUGUACACUGUUGGUUUCCAAUGUUCAAAGCAGGAAGUGUUUCACGAAUUUGAUGAUUGCUUCGUUGAAGAAGAAGAGUUGUUAAAGAAGGGUACUAUGCUGUGUCCAAAACAUGAACUGAAUCACAGCCACAUUCUACAUGAAUCAGUUCUUCUGUCUUACUGGAAUUUGGAUGUACUUGCAGAGUUAACAGACCCAGACGCACUAGUUGAAAAGGGGGCUUGUAGGAAUCUUCCUGAACCGGAAAUGAGAACAUACAGAUUUCAGUGUUUUGAAAAACUCACAAAAAUCGGCAGAGAAGCUCUUCAGAGAUACUUUGACAAAGUCUUUCCUCCAUUAGAGCUAAUUAUGUUACUUCAGAAGAAGAAAAAGAACUUAAGUAGACAGCUCAAUAAAGACCAAUGUGAUCUACUGUUUCCAGUUGAUAAAUCGAUUCCAACAUCUUCUGCAUUUGAUGUGACCCUUAUGUACAAACUGUUGAGGAACUUCGGACCAAACCUUCCCUACCCGACCAAAGGAUGGGGGAAGACACCGGAACCGGUACAGAAAUCUCCAACUGAUGACGUAGAGAGAAUCCGAGUUUAUAGGAACGAGGUGGAACAUAAAACUCCGGCAACCAGUGUCAUGGAGAAAGAGGACUGUCGUGUGAAGUGGAGAGAUUUGUGUCAGGCAAUACUACGACUCAGCGAGGGAAAGCUCGAACAAGAUAUAAUGGAACUAAGGCAGCAAGGCUGAGACAGUGAUAGCGUCAUUUCACGUUUAUGACAGAUAUUUACUUCACCAUCAGACGUUAAGUCCCACAAUAACUUCUGUUUUUUUCUGUUGUAUAUAUUCUUUAGUGAAGGUCUUUGUGUUUUGUUUUCUAUGCAAAUUGUCAACUUUGCAGUCGACAAACUGGAACUAUUGUAUUAAACGCACGAUGGCCAUGUUAAGGAAUAGCACAUUUGUCUCUCUGUGUAUCUGUUUGUCUUUGAGUGUCACAUAUUGAUAAAACAAAAAUGUAAAUUUUGAAGGGCACCUGUUCCCACCCACCACUGAUGUUUCGGAGGCAGGUCUUUGCUCUGAUUUUUUGUAUAGUUUAUUGGAUGUUUGAGCUGGAAUAUUGUUCGUUAUAUCCAUAAUUUUAUUGUAUAUUUUAGCGUAUGUAAUAAACAUAUUUAAAUCGUAUUAAGAAUACAGGCUAUUUUACUACAAGAGUCAGUAUUAGAGCAUAUUUUAUCAAUGACUCAUUGUACAUAGAUGUGUAUUUUAUGAUGUACUUUUAAAAAACACUCGUCUUUGAAGAAAAAGUUAAAUGUUUCGCAUACUUGUUAUUAUUCUUUAAUCUUUUAUUUUCAUUUAUAAUAUAUUUUACAGAAUACCCUUAUUACCAACAUGAACUUGUUAUUGUAAAUAUGUGUUGUUUAAAAUUUCUUAUUGAGAGUUUCAAUUUCGUCAAAAAAAUGUCGUUAUAUGAAUUUCAAUAAUCUGUCAGAUAAGUACGAUUUAUUUUUUAAGUCAGUUAUUAAUUCGAUAUGUCUUAAUUCCUUGACUAGUUAAGAAUUCAUACUUUUAGCAUCUAGUGCGUUGCUAGCUAUGAUAGUGUGCCAGAGUCUACCAAAGCAUGAACAAAAUAUAGAAAAAAAAAUUCUAUUGAAUUAUACAUUUUUUUCAACAAAUAAUAGUGAAUGGGGUUGACCAUCAGGCGAUGUCCAUUACAGCUCUCCCCUUGACAGUACAGUAAAAUUUGUCUAAUCCGGACUCUGUGUACUCCGGAUUUCUGUCCAUUCCGUCUAUAAAUUUUAGUCUCAUGCACUUCUUUAACAAAUUCAUUAGAAAAAAUUCUGUGUAGUCCGGAUACUGUCUAUUCUGUAUUCCGAACGGCCAUACUGGUCCCAACUGCUCAUAAUUAACGGUAAUUAUUCCCUCUAAUCCGGCCACACCUGAGUUACUUCAAAGCAAUUAACACCUUUCGUGGUUGAUGUGAAAAUCCGUGUUUACAUUUGCCUGAUUAGUGUCAUUAGAAGAACUCAGAGAAAUGCAGCGGUGACACAGCCCAUUUGAAAAAAAAAUUAUAUGAUUAAAUUACAAUUAAAAAAAAAUUACUCUGUUUUAACUCCUUUUACCACAUUAUAUAACAUAAACACAAAAAAAUAUAUGUUCUCGAUUCACAAACAAAAUAUAAAUCGGGAUCGAAAAUCGAACACAUUUCAAAAUGGCGCCAUAACACUUUGUGGGAAGACAUGAUUUUUUACAUGAAAAUUAAAAGUUCAAUCCAAAAAUAAUAAGCACAUCGUAAAUAAUUGUGCAUUACUGUUUAUACAUUGAAUGAGCUCUUUGGCAAGUGAAACCUGGUCCGCUGAAUAUAUAUAGUAGGCCUAAUGAGUGCCUGUAGAUUUUGAUUUCUAAAGGUACAUGUAACACUUUACCGGAUUUUCAAACUUCGUGAACAAACAAGAAAAUAUAGAUAGUCAUGCGAGACUUUUUUAAAAUAAUUUCUAGACUCCAAAAUAUUGAUUGAUUUCAUCAUUCAAUUAUAUAUUAUAUUAUGUAUAUGAUGAACAGGGGUUUGUAAAUAAACAACAAAAUUUUCAAAAUUAAUAUUGUCCAGCAUUUUUUCUGCACACCGGAUUCUGUCUAAACAGGCCAUAUUUUACAUGUAUGGAACCGGCGGUAGCCGGUUUGGACAAAUUAUACCGUAUUUCUUACCUGUAUAUCAACAUAAAUUCGUGUGACGGACAUUUAUUGUUGAGGAUUAGACUUAUUCAUAUGAGAAAUAUGUGUGAUAUUUUCCCUAUAACUUCGCGAUUUUUUUUUAUUUUUAAAUAUAUUCAACAUUCUUAUUUCAUUCGUUUUAUAAAGCAAUGUUGCAUGUAAUUGUGUCAAUAUAUUGUAGCAUUCUUGAUUGUAUUCAAAAUCAUAUGUAAUAUCCGAACCUUAA